AUGGCGCCACCAAACACGGACCUCGUCCAGCAGCUGCGCACCUCCCUCGCCGCGCAGUCCCUCCCACCACCGUCCACUAGCUUCCUCGCCGCCCUCGUCUCCGCGCGCACGCCGCCGCUGCCCGCGCCCUCGCUGCUCGCCACCGCCCGCGCGCGCCUCCUCGCCUGCGACCUGACCUCCCCCUACCCGACCGCCGCGGGGGGCUCGUCAUCGUCGCCGCCGAUGCUGGACGUCCCCGCCAUGGCCGCGCUGCCCGCCGACGUCGGCGACGCGCGCGUCAAGGCGCGCGUGCUGCCCCGCGACGUCCACGCGCAGGUGCUCGACGUCGAGAACCUCAGCCUCAGCCGGUGGCAGCAGGUCGAGGAGAUGGAGGCGGUGGCGCGCGGGGAGCGCACCCGCGGCCGCGAGGUCGUGCGCGUCACCGAGGACGCUGACGACACGGCGGCGGUGGGGGGGAGGACGGCGGUGCAUCGCCUGGUGCUGCAGGACUGCAGGGGCACGCUGGUGUACGCGAUCGAGGCGGCGCGCGUGGACAGGAUUGGCGUGGGUAGGACGAUGAUUGGGGAGAAGGUGCUGCUGCGCGCGGGGACGGUGGUGGCGCGGGGCUCGGUGCUGAUGACGCCGGAGAGGACGGUGGUUCUCGGCGGCAAGAUUGACGCGUGGCAUGAGGAGUGGACGCGCGGGCGGCUGGACAGGUUGAAGGCGGCCGCCGCGGGAACGGACCGACCACGGCAGUGA